ACGCUUUAGCAAUAGUUAAAACUUCAGUGUGUCAUCAGUAUUGUGUUGGUUACAAAUGUAAAACACAGCACCACAGGAGCUGCUGUGAACAAAAUUAACUCCGUCCCAGCCAGACCCAGCGCACAACCCCAUACUGACUUGGACUGAUGAUUUUGAGGGCAAGUCUGUGCCUUUGUUUCUCAGCUGUGUACUGUCUCCUGUGUUGACUCUUUUGAGUGAUUCCCCACAGCUGACCUCCAUCAUGCAGGAGACAUGGAGGAGCUGGAGGCAGAGAGGGGAGUUGGCUUGGUUAAGGGAAGGAUCAACAGCAGCACAGAGGCUCCCUGGGGUGAAGUAGCUUGGGUGUAGCAGUGUGAUAUGUGGCACCUUGUUCUACUUGCCGUUUGAUCAUGGCCGGACUGUAGAUGCUAUAGUAACAGUAACAGGACUGAGAAUAGGGAAAGGUCAGGCAGGACAUCUGCUUUGCUCUGGGACUGCUGCCUUUCCUGCCUGGCAUUGCUGUUUUGCCAUCUCUCUGUGGAGUUGAGUGCAUAACGAUACCUCUGAAGUGCUGUGGGAAGGUGAGUCUCCAGCUGGGAUAGGAAUGAGGCAGACUACAAAGUGAUGCCUGAUAUGUGGGGGGUGUCACGUGAAUGAGUAGGGCUAUGCAUGAGGAGAAAAUGGACCAGAAUGGGCUGCUCUGAGGAAGUGUUGUGAACUGUGGGCAAAUGGGGGUAGGCGGAGUGAGGGGCUCAGGCUGGCUGUUGGCUGAACAGUGCUGGAAAGGGAAGUAGUGAAAGGGCUGGAUUGUGGGGUAAAGACUGUAGCCCAGUGGGAUCUCUGGGAGUGGCAGAAGCAGAACCAUGCAGGUGUUAGGAGCACUGACAAAGCAGGGGAUGCAAGUUCAACUCCUUGGAUUUGCCUGAGUGAAAAGUGGCUCAUAGGACUGGGGCUUGCUGAAACUGGGAGGAGGAAGAGGGCUCCACACAGCCUCUAAACUGCCCACUCAGCUCUUGCCCAUCUACUCUUCUGUGCUGUCUCCUAUCUGGUAGGGCUCCUUUUGCUCCUUUGCCUCGGCUGGUAGUGCUUCUCUGCUGAGCAGCAAGUGACACCUAGUGUCAGCUCAGGCAGUAGUAACCAUGCCUGCACUGGCUCCAGCUGCUUCUCCCAUCUCAGGUUUUGUGGUGACUUUUAGUUACGUGAGAUGGUUACAGCAGCAGAGCCUUGCUUCGAGGGAGGGAGCAAACUCUUUGUACCUUCUACUGGGCUGAAUAUUUUGUAGUCUGGUCCCUCUAUGCCCCUGUACAUUGUUGCUCGGUCCCUGAUGAGAUGACAAAUGCUUUACCUCCAAGAUUUUCUCACUGCUGACUGUAGGCACUGGCAGCAGGGCCCAAGCUGCAGAUGUGAGGCUGGGUACAAAGCCAGCUGUGCAGGGCAGAGAGUGGCUCCAUGUCCUUUCCCAGUGGAUGCAGUCAGUCCUCAGUUUCACCCGUCCAUCCCAGACAUGCAUCUCUAGAGGCCGUAUGCCAUUCCUGCUGCCCACAGGAGGUCACUGGAGAGCAAGCAGAGUCCAUGUCCCUGUCCCAGGUCUACCUGUGAGGAGCUAGGCUUUCCCCUUUCUCCUUGGGAUUGUGGGUGUGGGGAGAGUAGGGACCUUUCCUCUAUACUCUUCCCCUUUCCUGACCUUCAGGGAAGAGCUGGCCCUGGCAGUCUGGAGCGUGCCCUGCCUAGAUCUCAAGUGACUUCUACCUUUCUGCUGUCCUUCAGGAUGAUCCAGCGGCACCAGCUGGUGCAGUCUGUGCUGCAGGAGCUGCAGGAAGCCACCGAAUGCUUUGGUCUGGAGGGCCUUGCCAGUGCUGCACUAGAGGCAGAGAGGACCCUGUCAUCUUUCUCCCUGCCUGGCUAUUGCAGGAGGCAAUUUCAAGAGGAGCUGGAAGUUGAUCGAGUAGCCAGGAGCCUGUACCCUGAGGAUGCUCCAAGUAACAUGCUGCCUCUGGUUUGUAAAGGUGAAGGGAACCGCCUCUUUGAGGCAGCCAGUGUGCUGCUCUGGGGCAACCCCAGUCUCAGCCUGGAGCUGCAGGUGCGCACGGUGGUGGAGAUGCUGCUGCACAAACAGUACUACCUGAAUGGCAUGAUUGACUCCAAGGUGAUGCUGCAGGCUGCCCGCUACUCCCUGUGUACGGAGGAGACACCAGAGAUGACCAGCCUCCCCAUGGCUAUCCUGGAGGCUAUCUUUGAUGCAGAUAUCAAAGCUACCUGUUUUCCUGGCACCUUUGCCAAUAUGUGGCAUGUCUAUGCUCUUGCCUCAGUGCUGCAGUGUAACAUCUACUCAAUCUAUCCCAUGAGCAACCUGAAGAUCCGGCCAUAUUUCAACCGACUCAUCCGGCCCAGGAAGUGUGGCCCGCAGACCUCCACUCUCCACAUCAUGUGGUCAGGGCAGCAGCUCUCCAGGCAGGUCUUCAAAGCACAGUACUUUGUUGCUGUAGUUGGUCUGGAGGAGCUGGAGCCUACGAUACCUUCAUCAGAGCCUCCUGUACAGCCCAUGAGGACCCUGGAGCUGCUGAACAGUGACCCCCAGCUGACCUACUCCAACCUGCGUGACAGGUACAGCAUUACCAAGAGCACCUUCUACCGCUGGAAGCGCCAGUCUCGGGAACACCGACAGAAAGCGGCUGCCAGGUUUGCAGCUAAACACUUCCUCCAGUCCUGCUUUCAAGAGGGCAACAUUGUCUCGCUCCAGCACUUUCGACAAAUGUUUCCAGAAAUCUCCCGAUCCACAUACUAUGCCUGGAAGCACGAGAUGCAGAGCAUGGUCAAUGGUGACGCCUCUGAUCUGACUGAGGCCCAUGGGUUGCAGGAGCUUCACAGGGAGGUUCCAAAGAAGGCUGAUGUUAAUGAGCCAACAAAGGCAGAGGCAAGUUUAAGACCCCCGAGUCCUUCCGUAGACCCAGUCCAAGCAGGGAUCUUCAUGCGAGGAGCCAAAUCUUACCUGGAGAAAUGCAUAUCCAUGAACACUCUGGUGCCUUACAGGUGCUUCAAGCACAGCUUCCCCGGCAUCUCCAGGUCCACUUACUACAACUGGCGAAGAAAAGCAAUCAAAGAGAACCCCAACUUCAAACCCCCCCAGCCUCCCUUGAAUAACCAGAAACCUCUAGCCAUAGAAAAGCCACUUCUGCAGCUGAAGCCAAGCAGCUUGCCUGCUAGGAAGAAGCUGAAUGGAGAUCAGCCAGCAGCCAGGAGUCUCCUGCAGCUCAAGCCCUCUCUGUGCUGGAGGAAGCGGCUACGAGAUGUGGCCCGGAGACAGGUCCAGCAGUGGCGGCUGCCAUUCAGCAAGUUUUGCCUGCGCUAUCCAACACUUUCCUCCACAACCUACUGGUUUUGGAAGGGUAGCAGCCGAGCAUCUAGGCAGCAUCGCCUUCGCAGCUCCAAUCGGCCUUUGAACAGGAUUACUUCCCUGGCACCGCAGAGAUCUGAGCCGAGUGUCAAGCCCCCGCUCCACAUGGAGGCAGCCAAGCAUCUGGACAAGUCAGCACCAGCCACUCCAUACAAUGCCACCAUUUCAGGCUACCCUGUGUCGGAGAGAGCCAACAGUCAGAUGUUUGUGAUGGAUGUGAUUGCCACCACCCAGUUCAAGGCACAAGCCAAGCUGUUCCUGCAGCAGCGCUUUGAGUCGAAGACCUUCCCCACCUACAAGGAGUUUAGUGCCCGCUUCCCCCUCACAGCCCGCUCCACCUACUACAUGUGGAAGCGUGCCCUGCACGAUGGGCUGACCCUUGUGGAUGUAUGAGGUCCACCUGGCCACGGUUCUCCAUUGAUGUGCCCUGAGACCCACUGGUCGGGUGUCCAGGCCAGGGCCCAGGUCAAACUUUUGUUUUGGUUUUGUUUUGUUUGUAGUAUUUUUUUUUUUUCCUGUGUGGUUGAAUCAGGCAUGAGAAUGCCUACAGUGCCCGCUCCUGGAGAUGGAAGGAGUGGGAGGCAGGUACUGACUGCCCCGAAGGAGAGGGGGCAGAGGGGUUUUGCCUUCUUUGCACUCAGGGAACAAGUAGGGGUCAUAGGAUUCUAUCAGGCUUCCAGUGUAUGCUUGAGGUAGAGAGUUUGAAGGCCUCUCUGCCCUGGGCGUUUGUGUGAAGGAGCAGUGGGAACAGGCAGAACUCAGCAUAGAGGUGCCCAGCAUCCCCUCGGUCAGAAGGAGGGGCUGGAGGAGUGCUCAGCACUGAGGUAUAACAUCUCUGAUCUGUGCUCCUCCUUGUUAAAGGCUUCACAUGGUGCUGCUUGGACUUUGUGGCUUUUAAUACUUGUCCUGGCUGCUCUGAUUUCCACUAGAGGAAACAGGCAGGUAAAGGGAUGAGGGGUUGUUUUGUGUCCCUGGUGCAAUCUAUGCUGGGAAUGUGUUGGGGUCCCUUAUCAAGCCAGAAGCUGGUAUCUUUUGUAGGCGCCUCAACAGCUUUACAAGACUUUUAUGGUCAUGUAGCAAUUACCUCUUUCGUGGUCCUUAACUCUCUCUCAGAGCUGGCAGCUGCCUUAUCCUCUGUGUCUUUUCUCUAGUGCCUGUGUGAAGGUGUCUGCCUGCUGUGGGGCAGAGACCAGGUGCUGCAGGCCCAAAGCCUUUGCUUUCCCUGAAUCAUGCUACAAGUCCAGUGUGGUGUGACCGUCACCUUACAGCAUGCCUGUGCACACCAAAUUGUAAGAAUUAAAAGCAAUAAAAACUUC